GGAGCCAAUGGUCAACACUCCCUUGUUGGCGCCACUCCUCACUGAGACCGAGUAUCUAUGGCAAUAUACGUCGCAGCCGGAUCCCAACUUGGGAGGCCGGGCACCCACAGCGGGCCAAGGACGCGCACUGGGUGGCGGAAGUGCGGUGAACUAUAUGGCGUAUUGUCGCGCGGCUCCCUCCAUCUACGAUGAAUGGGCUGCCAUUUCCGGAAAUCACGGGCUACGUUACGAGAACUUGUUCCAGGACUUCAAAGCAACGACGCACUAUCAGGAACAGGUCUUGACCUACGAUCCACGCCUCAACGCCAGUGCCUACGACCAUGGGCCUUUGCAGAUUGCAGCAACAUCGGACACUAUGGAUUGGACUCUGCAAUUCACGGAAGCGAUGAAAGAUGCUCUCGGCUUGCCUCAAGUCGACCUGAAUGGUGGCGACAGUCUGGGAGUCACUUCUGGUGCAUCCUCCAUCCUCGCAUCGAACCGUACCAGGAGCUAUGCCCUGACCGCCUUUGGAUGGAAAAUGGCCGACCGUCCGAACGUGCACAUUCGGCACGGCGCCUGGGUUAGCAAAAUCCUGUUCGAGAAUAAACAAGCAAUAGGUGUACGAUACCAUGACAUCAACGACAACUCCACGCAUGAACUCCACGCCCGCGAGAUCAUCCUCGCCGGUGGUGCCAUCAAUACUCCCAAGCUGCUCUUGCUGUCUGGUGUAGGUCCGCAGAACGAUCUUCGCGCCUUAUCGAUUCCGCUCGUCCUGGACGCACCGCACAUAGGCUCUAAUCUCUACAACCACCACUUCUCCGUCAUAUCUUACGAAGCCUAUCCCCAUGUCGAGACGCUGGGGAAAUAUAUGCAAAACCAGACCUUCAGUCAGCAGUCCAACAUGUCCUACGCACAAAACGGAAGCGGAAUCCUCGGUCAAACCUCUGCUCCUUUUGCUGUCGCGCAAGGGCCCAACAACACCUCAUGGGGAGGAAUUAAUGGAACCUAUCCAAAAGAAGAAGAAGGAAAAGAAGAAAAAAAUGACCGCGGCCAGCUCCUCUACCAACUCACCAACGGCGCCCUAAUCCCCGGUAUAGGCACCAACACUUCCACUCUCAGUGCAUUCGUCGCUCUCAUCCAACCCCAAUCCACCGGAUCCAUCCGCCUCAAUUCCUCCUCCUAUCGCAUCCCACCCCUCAUCAACAGCAACUACUACGGCCACCCCGUGGACAAAUCCCUAAUCCUCCACGGCUACAAACAACUCCGCCGCAUCAUGCAACAACCCUGCAUGACGCAACACGUCGUUCAAAGGGAAAUUUUCCCUGGACCACAUGUUGCGGACGAUGAUGAUGAAGGGUUGUGGAAGGCUAUUCAGGAAACUGCCCAGACGUUUUAUCAUCCUGUUGGUACGUGUGCGUUGGGGAAUGUGGUGGAUGGGAAUUGGAGGGUGAAGGGUCUUGGGGGAGGGUUGAGAGUGGUGGAUUCGAGUACGUUGCCGACUCCGCCGACUUGUCAUUUACAGGCGAGUGUUUAUGCUGUUGCGAGGAGGGCUGCGAGGGAUAUUCGGGGGGAUGAUGGUGAUGAGGGUUGUUUUGUGUGA